AUGAAGUCCCAAAUUACACCACUCCUCGCGCUCAUCGCAGCAUCCCUCUCCUCAGCCUCACCCCUAAGCAUCCUCCUACCCCCAAUAUGCCCAACAGUAGGCCUCCCCGCAACGCGCGCCGCCCAAGUCCGCGCCGCAUUCCAGUCCUCCGGCAUAAUCCCCGACAUCCUCACCUCCAUCAACCCCACGACCGAACUACAGGUGCUCUACGGUAACAUCCCAGAGAACCUCGGCAACACCUUCUCCGCUGCGCAAACCCUCCAAGAACCAACAAUCUCCUUCCCCCCCGAAGCCCUCUACCCCCCCUCCACAAAAUACACCUACAUCCAACUCGACCCCGACGCCCCGGGCCCCUCCCUGCCGCUCCUGCGCUUCUACCUCCACCACCUAGUUUACAACCUCCAGCCCUCCUGCGUCUUCGCCCAGUCGCCCGUAACCCAAGCGCGCUACAUGCCGCUGACUCCGCUCUCCGUCGCGCCGCACCGCUACGUCUCGCUGCUUUUCCGGCAGCCCCCCGGAGAGUAUACGCCGCCGGCGCUGAACCUGGUAGAAGACGUCGCCCGCGCGCCGUUCGAUUUGGCGGGUGUCUAA